CUACUGCUACGAUAUUUUAGAGGGGAAAAGUCUAAGAUGCCCUUGAAAAGAAAAAUAUCACAAAAUCGUCCAUUUUUCUCAAAAUCUCAUCUCUCACGAUUUUGGCAGCGGCGUUCUCAGCCGGCAACAUCAAACGACCACGUCUUUCGACGGCGACGGCGAGCCUCCCCACCAUUGCCGCGGAUAAUUUUCGAUAUUGAAAAGAAUUAAAGAAAAGUAGAGCUCAGCAAGUUCGUAUCUUCAAUUAAUCUGAUUUUACAUUACUUCUAUCUACUUCGUUCGUGGUCUGGGAAGCAAGCAGUUAUGCUUCUGUAAUCACCGAUGGCUUUAUUACACAGUCGUCUUUGCCAUGCCACGAACUUCUUCGAUACAUUUCAAACUGAAUUCCACGGUUCUCACAUUUUACUGAAGUACGGUUCGUCUGUUGUCUUCAGAAACCGCUCUUUCUGCUCUCCGUUUUAUGAUUUAACAACCGGUACUUUUUCCAAUCGAAUAUCGUAUAGGAGUUUAAGCUCACGAACACCCAUUUACAGAUAUAAUUUGAGAAGAAAUUUAUCACGUGUUAGUUGGAUAGACAGGUGGAAUGAAACCGCGAAACAAAAUCGCCCUAAACCACCUCGUGCUGUGUUGGACUAUCCCAGUAGCGAUGAGAAUGAAGUUUCAAUUUCAAGAACAGGUUUUUCAAAGAGUUAUAGAGCUAGUAGUCGGAUUGAUGAUGAUGGAAGUGGCGGGAGUACAAUGGAGAAGAUUGUGAGGAAAUUGAAGAAAUUUGGGUACAUCGACGAUGAGAAUAAAGAGAAGGGGGAAGAGAGAGCCAUUGAAAAGGGGUCUGUGGAGGACAUACUUUAUAUUGAGGAAGGAAUGUUGCCUAAUACUCGAGGUGGGUUUUCUAAGGAAUCGCCUAUGGGAGAUGAGGACAUGUUUGGAAGUAAUGGGGAAGUUAGGUUUCCAUGGGAGAAGCCAAAAGAAAAGGAAGAUACAGAUGGGGAUUCAACAAGGAGAAGGGGCAGGGCAUCUUUGGCAGAAUUGACUCUUCCUGAGCCAGAAUUGAGAAGGCUGAGGAACUUGACUUUCCAGAAAAAACACAAGAUGAAGAUAGGAGGUGGUGGAGUGACUCAAGCUGUUGUGGGUGUCAUUCAUGAAAAAUGGAAAUCUUCAGAGAUUGUGAGGCUUAAAAUUGAAGGUCCUCCUGCACUUAACAUGAAAAGGAUGCACGAGAUAUUGGAGAGAAAAACCGGUGGACUGGUUAUUUGGAGGUCAGGAACUUCGGUGUCUCUAUAUAGAGGUGUAAGCUAUGAACUUCCUGAAGCACCACAAUUUAACAAACGGAUUUACAAGAGAAAUGAAAUCACUGCAUUGCCUAGAACUGGUGCUAGUACUAUAGUUCCUUCUGAAUCUUCUUCUCACCGUAAUGUUUAUGCUUUGCAACAAAAAAAAGAAGAAACUUCCAUAGAGGGUGAACAGUGCAGCGAACAAUUGACAAAAGUACAAGUGAAUUAUGAGGAUGAAGUAAAUAAAUUGCUGGAUGGUUUGGGUCCAAGAUACACAGAUUGGCCAGGAUUGGAUCCUUUACCCGUAGAUGCAGAUAUGCUCCCAGGAGUAGUUCCUGAUUAUGAACCUCCAUUUAGAAUACUUCCUUAUGGAGUGAGAUCUUCUCUUGGAGUUAAGGAAGCCACAGCCUUAAGAAGACUUGCCAGAAGACUCCCUCCUCAUUUUGCAUUAGGCAGAAACAGGCAGCUUCAAGGAUUGGCUGUUGCAAUGGCUAAAUUGUGGGAACGAAGUUCAAUUGCAAAAAUUGCCCUGAAACGAGGUGUGCAGCUGACUACUAGUGAAAGAAUGGCCGAAGAGAUCAAGAAAUUGACAGGAGGCAUUCUUCUGUCAAGAAACAAAGACUUUCUGGUAUUCUAUAGAGGAAAGAGUUUCUUGUCGCCUGAGGUAACUGAAGCUUUGCUAGAAAGGGAGAGGUUGGCAAAAUCUCUACAGGACGAGGAAGAACAGGCAAGGUUGAAAGCAUCAGCCUUAGUGGUACCUGGCAUUGAGAAAACAGAGCAAUCUGGAACUGCUGGUUCUCUAGAGGAAACACUAGAUGCUGAUGCUAAAUGGGGAAAGGCUCUGGAUGACAAGCACAAGGAAAACGUAAUGCGGGAAGCUGAACAAUUGAGGCACACCGACCUUGUUAGGAAGUUGGAACGGAAGCUUGCUUUUGCUGAAAGAAAAUUGGUGAAAGCCGAACAAGCAUUAUUUAAGGUCGAAGCAUUUAUGACACCAGCGAAACGGCAGGCUGAACCUGAUAGCAUAACUGAGGAGGAAAGAUUUAUGUUUCGUAAGCUUGGUCUAAGAAUGAAAGCUUUCUUGCUUCUAGGUAGGCGUGAAGUUUUCGAUGGCACAGUGGAGAACAUGCACUUGCAUUGGAAGUAUCGUGAAUUGGUGAAGAUCAUGAUAAAAGCCAAUUCCUUUGACCAUGUCAAGAAGAUUGCUUUGCAACUCGAAGCUGAGAGUGGGGGUGUCCUAGUUUCAAUUGACAAAGUCUCCAAAGCAUAUGCUAUAAUCGUUUAUCGGGGAAAGGAUUAUCAACGGCCAUCUUUGCUGAGACCCAAAAAUCUUUUAACAAAGAGGAAGGCUCUAGCACGCUCGAUCGAGCUUCAAAGGCAUGAGGCUUUGCUAAAACAUAUAUCAGCAAUGCAGAGUAGAGUGGACAAACUAAAAUCCGAGAUUGAACAAAUGGAGAAGGUGAAAGACCAAGGGGAUGAAGUAUUAUAUAAUACUCUAGAUUCUGCUUAUCCUACUGACAAUGACUCGGAGGAAGAAGACUACGGUACAUAUGAGGCAUAUGGUGAGGAUAGUGAUGUUGAAGAUGAAGAUGAUAUCAUCGCUAGUGACGAGUACCUAGAAGCAGAUAUUUCACAUGGAAUCCAAGUACAAGAAUCAGAGGUUGAAUAUGAGACAUCUGAAUCACGUCGAGUAUGAAAAUAAAUAUCUAACACGUGGUGCUUGAUGAAGAAGAUGAAACAAAAUAACAGUGUGAACAAAGGGAUGGGAGCGCUGGUGGUAAAGGUCUCAGUCAGUGUAUACUAGGAAUGUCUGUCCAGUUUGCUGAGGAUGUAUAAAUAAAACAACACCAUCGAUAUUGUUGAAACGCUCCAUUUUUUAUAGCAUACGGCAGAAAUUCCAUUGAUGAAAA